GCCGCGCCGCCCCCGCCAGACGCGCAUGUCGAUUCCCUGUGGGCUGGACGUUCUCUCGGCUUAACCUAGCUGAUCAUUGACGCAAAACGACCAUGAUAUGGGCUCAGGAGGAUGACGCAAGCGUUGUGACGGCAGUCCGUGUACGGCCCAUGUCCGACGACGAACGGAAGGCAGGGUGCCGUUCGAUUAUCACGAUGGUGGGCAACCAAACCACAGUCGUUGACCCUGCAGGGUUGAGCCCCACAGCUUCAGCAGCGUCAUCAUUUCGCCGCCGUCAGUCAGCGCAGCUCAACCCGACGGGGAGUCCGUCAAAAUUCGCCAUCUCGUCCGACCCCAGCCCCAUCAAGCGCCCGUCCUUGUCGGCCGAGGCCAAAGCCAAGGUGUGGUCCCAAACAUUCACAUACGACCACAGUUUCUGGAGCUGCGACCCCGAUCAUGCUAAUCAUGCCGACCAGCAAUACGUGUUCGACCGCAUUGGGUCACACAUGCUAGCAACAGCAUGGAAGCGGGUCCAUGUGUCCCUGUUUGCAUAUGGGCAAACUGGCGCGGGCAAGUCGUUUAGCAUGAUGGGAAAGUCUCGAAGUAACCACCAUGAGGCACGUGGGCUCGUCCCUCGCAUUUGCCAGGCGCUCUUUGAGACGAUGCAGCGGCAGUCUAAUGAAGCCAACCCAGACGAAACUCGAGACCCCUCCAUGACUACAUUCGGCGCGAUGGAGGCGCCGCCCAACGUCACCCCCGUCAGCGUGACCGCCCCUCUUCCUUUCCCACCGCAAUGCACCGUCAAAAUGACCUUCGUUGAAAUUUACAACGAGCGGGUAUUCGACCUGCUCCAACGCAACUCUCAAGGUCCUCUCAAGGUUCGAGAGCACCCGGAAAAAGGCACGUAUGUCGAGCAUGUGUCAAAUCUCGUCGUCACGAGCGCCCACGACGUCGAGUACCUACUGUCCGAAGGCAACAAGACCCGCACGGUUGCCGCGACCCACAUGAACCAGCUCUCGUCUCGGUCGCAUGCAAUUCUCACCCUGACGUUGCAUUGGCUUGACAAGAAAAGUCCGCCCACCAAGCUGUGCAUGGUCGACUUGGCCGGCAGCGAGCGCACCGACUUGGCAUCAGGCGAUCGGUUGCGGGAAGCCACCGCGAUCAACAAGUCGCUGAGCGCGCUGGGGGACGUCAUCAACGCGCUUGCAACAUCCAAUCAAGCCGCCGCAAGUAAAUGCAGCCCGGCAAUGACAGCCCUGGGGUGUCCUCCUCCUUCUUCUUCGGUCAAUGGAUUUGUCCAGUAUCGCAACUCAGUGCUCACGAGGCUGCUCAAGGACAGCUUGUCCGGGUCGGCGCGGCUCUAUAUGCUGGCAGCCAUCAGCCCGUGCUGCAUACACUACGAUGAAACGCUGAGCACGCUCAAGUACGUCGAGCGGUCGAAGCUAGCCCUUGUCACGCCGCCCACGGCUCCCCUGCCGACACCUGCCUCGGUCGACACUCCAGAUGCCGUCGCACAACUCCGUUUGGAACUGUGCAUGCUUCGAAGUCAGUUGCGAAUUGCCCAGCAACAUACAGACCUCGGCAGCCAUGCACCCGACGACAUGAACACUCACCACGACGCUCUGGAUGCCUCCACCACGCCCCAACUCGACGACCACGCCGACUGGAUUCCGCACAUGAACUGCAGCACGCUAUCGUUGCCGCAUUUGGUCAACCUAAACCAGGAUCCUCGGUACACGGAGCGAGUCGUGUAUUGUAUCGAAGAAGGCAUUACGACUGUGGGUGCUGGCGACGACGAUUUGGUGCCAGACGUCGUGCUCGCAGGCGCCGACAUGCUGCCACUGCACACGAUUUUGCACUGCGCCAACGGUGUUGUACGGAUCCGUCCCGCCGCGGCAGCACAAGUCCUCGUGAACGGCUACACCAUCGAGGACACGACCGAAUUGGUGCACGGCGCCCGGGUCAUCCUCGGCUCCCAUCACGUGUUUCGGUACGAUGCGGUGCACACGAACGACUGCGCCACGAACGUGGACUGGCACGUGGCGCACAACGAGCUGCUCGACAAGUUGGUAGCUGCAAAGUCCUCCCAUCCUCCCUCAGACGUCCUGCCAACACGCCCCCCGACCACGAGCGGCAACCGUGAACCAGCCCCUCGCCUGGAGAAGGCCACGCAAUGCGACCCCCUUGCCGUUGACGACGCCAGUCCGCCUUGCCAGGACGUAGCAACCCAAGUGGAUGCCGCCGCAAGCCACCAAGAACGAACACGCGAACCGUGCAUAACGAUGGCCGACGCGACCACGCAAACCCACACGCCAACAACGUCGGCGGGAACCCAGCAUCGGUGUGACUCUAGCAUUCAGUUUGACGAAACAGAAAAGCUCGUGCUGGAGCGUAAACUUGCCAAGUUGAAAUUGCUGCUGAAGAAAAAAGACAAGCAACUUCAAAACGGAAUCGCCAAGGCCACCCCCCCACAGCCCAUGCUCUCCCCUCCGGCGCCAUCCGUCGAUCCCGCCAUCAACGAUCGCCUCAUUCAGCUCCACCAACUCUUUACGUCCAUCUUGGGAGGUCAAUCACCGGCCCUCCAACGACCCGCAGCACUUGCUGACAACGUGAGACUUCUGGAGAUUCAAGCCCAAGCUAUUCACGACCUCUGGCAUGACACACCCGCAUCGUCCAAGCCGCUGGCGUGGCUGUUGCAGGAACUCAGCGCGGAAUGCAAACAACAGAUUGCGCUGUGGUCACAAGCGCAAACACUGCAGCUCUCGUCGGCAGCCAAGACCAUCGCCAACUUGGAGGGCCGGUUUGCGUCGCUGUGUUUUGCCCUGAAUGACCAGUGCGCCCACGAAAAGACGCAAUUCCAAGCGUCGUUCGACCUCCAGCACGACCGACACGAAAAGUUGGUCGCAGCGCAAGCAUCGCAACUGGAUGCCGCGUCGGUCGCCCAUCGGGAAUCCAUGACAUUGCUGGAGAACGCAAUGGCUUCGAAGAUGGAAGCUGCGAUCCAGGCGCACCAACAGAGCCGGCAGAAUUGGAUGGACGAGAUCGAAGCGACGUGCCACCGCCACGUGCAAGAAUUGACGGCCAUGAGCGUCCAAGCCGCGCUAGACGAAGACAAACUCCGUUUGAAAAUGGCCGAGUGGGAAACCAAAUGUGCGUCACUAGUCGCGGAAGCCGACAUGGUGCUGUGCGAAACGCGAGCGAUGCAUGCCAAGGAACUCCGAAACCAGCAGGACGCAGUCGCGCUCAAGCUCUACGACAUGGAGAUGGUCCGAAUGGCGCAGGAGGAACGGUUUCUAAGGGAUACAGAAGCCUUUGUCCGGGCGACGGACGCGACCCUGCGGGACCGGGAACUCGAGCAAGUCGCGUGGACUGACCAGAAGCAGCUCGAUUUGCAAGCCCUGCAUGCAGAGCACGAAGACAAAGUUCGGCAAAUUGUUGCCGAGCACGACGUCCACCGCGAAAAGAUCCGGCAGGCCAUCGAAACAAUCCAAAUCGCCCAUGAAGAUCGGUAUGCAAAGUGCGUGCUGUCGUUUGCCAUCCUCCAGCACAGCAUGCACGUUGCCGAAGAUGAGAAUCAAUCGGCCAUUGCAGCUCACGGUCGUCGGCGCGACGCCGCCGAGGCCGAUCACACGCACGCCAUGGCCUCUCGAGACGACGCAUGGCGGGCCUUCCUCGCAAAUUUUGACGCCAAGGCCACCAACGAGUCGGUUCAACACGCUCGGUUCAUGAAGCAGCUCGUUCAGCGUCACACUGCUGAGGUCCAAGCAAUCCGUGAAGACACGGCUGAAUUGGAGGCAGCGAUCGCUCAACAAGAUGCCGAGGUCGUCGAUCGCGUAGCAGAAUGGGAGCGCAACCUUGAUGCGUUGCAAGCAGACCACGACGCCCGACUCGCACGCAUGCACGAAUGCCACGAUAAGAUUCUACGCGACUUGAAUGUGGCGUUUGAAUCGCAGCAAGCCAAGCGGCGCGAGGAAUGCGCCAGCAUCGUAGCUCGGUACCAUGUCCAAGAGGAAGAACUGAAAGCCGCCGAACAGCAACGUGUGAAUGCGCAGGCGAUGGAAAUCGAAGACGUGCGGUCGCGUCACUCGGCGACGCUCGCCGCUCUCGCUGCCGUUCAAAUAACCAUGCGUUCGCAUUCCACAGCCGCUUACGUUGUUGACUCGUACCGCGAUCGAUACGACACAAAGCAACGGACACUAGAUGCGGAAGCAGCUGCUCUGCGAGCCAAGUGCAGCGACGUUGAGCGGGUCGAAAUCGAAAAGCACAACCACGCCAACCAAGCGCACGUCAUGCGCAUGGCGGAGCUGCUUGAGCGCCACCAAGAAUGCCUCGAGCGGGUGCACGCGUCCACUGAAGAUUCGCUUGGUUCGAUGGCAAAGCACGUCAUCGACAUGACCAACGACCACCAAGCCCAAGUGGACGCUUGGCAUCGUGCGCACGAGCUGCGGCGACAGCAACUCGACGAGGAGCAGCUCCAGCGCCAACGAGACCACGACGCUGAAGUCGUACGCAUGCAAGCAUUGCUCGACGACGUCGAGUUUGCCCAUAAAACGACCUGCGCGGACAUCUCGGCUCACCAUGCUACAAUACUUCAAGACCAUCGACUGCUGCAUGCUCAGGACGAGGAGCGGUGGAUGCAAGCAUAUGAAGACUGCCAACGGCGGCAAGCGUGGGCGUUGUCUCAAGUUCAAGUCCAGUGCGCGAGCGAAAUCGAGCGAGGGGAAGCUUCCAUGGCCAGGUUGCAUGCCGUCCAAGCGGAUGCGGUCGCACGGUCAGAGGACGCCCUUGCCCAUGCGCUACGAAACCACGAACGGUGGUGCAUGGAUUUGGAGGACGCGCGGGUGCGCGAACACGGUCAAUGUGAACGCAUGUUCGAGGCGCAGUGGCAAGUUAUGCAGUUGGACAUGGACGAAAGGGAAGCGCGCUUGCAUCGGCGCAUCCAAGAGCUCAAGCGCGAGGCGGAUGAAAGCGCACGGGACCAGGAUGUGGCUCUCCACGCUGCGCAGGAGAGAUGGAUGGAAGCGUUGAGCAGUCUGUACAUGCAAAAGGAGGACCGACUUUCAACGCACCUGGCGCAAAUGACUGCGAUGCACGAUGCCCAUGCCAGGGAUCUGUUUAGCAUUCGCUUGCAGAUUUCCCAGCAUGAAGAACGCAUCGCGUCGCAGAAGGAACUAGCUGAGCUCACUCACGAGUCGGCACGUGUGGUGGCGCUCCGUUUGAAUGAGAACCAGCAAGCCUUUUACGACGAAGCCGCGGCAGCGAUCGACGUCAAAUUAAAGGAAAUGGAGGCCCGCCACACCGCGCAGCUCGAAAUGCAACGGGACAACCACAGUCGCAUGUUUCAGUUGCUUGAAGAGGCUCAAGUCGCCCAGCGCAAGCAGUUGCAUUCAGACAAGUUGCAGCUCGAACAAGAGUUGCGGGCCCAGUUGACUGCCUGGCGGGAUCACCUUGACGUGGAGAAGCAAGCAGCGCUUCGCGUCUUGUCGAUCCAAGACGAGGCGUGGCAGGAAGAAGUGACGAUCGAGCUCGACGGCAAGUACCGCGACGCAUGCGCCGCCCUCGCCACGGACUCUGCGGCCCAAGAAGCUGCGUUCCAGUUGAAACUCCACUGCGUGCAAGAGUUCUGGCGCAUGGAACUGGCCAACAUUCAGCUUGGCCUGGAAGACACCUUGAGCCACCACAUGCGAGCCGUCGACGCGGCACAGCACGAGUUCGACCGAGACAUGCUCGACAUUGCACAAAAGGAACACGAAAUUGAAACCCGCACUCAGAUGCAGCAUGCCGAAGCUGCCGAGCGACGUGCGAUGGCCGCAGCGGAAAAGGAAGCCAUGGAGGUUCGACUCCGAGCGCUUCGGUACGAUAUGGUGCAGCACGAGCGCGAACGCCACGACGAGUUCCACCGCGUCUGGCGUGACAUGUUUUGUCAAAUCCUGGCAGUUCAAAAUGAAAAAGCGCGCGUGCGACAUCAAUGCGUGCGCGAGAUCCAAGCAUUGGAGCGCAUACAAAUACGCGACGUUCGUGCCCAAGUACCAUGCGGCGACCGCCAGCCCGUGCCUGACGCCGAUCCGUCAGUUCGCCGACUGCUGCGCAUGCGUAUCCAGCAGCAGCUCACCAUCAGCGAGCGAAUCCUUCAUGACGUCGAGUACGACACCAACAUGGACCUCCUUCGUGAAGUCUGUCGAGCUCAGCAGUGCAAUGCAGAGAUGGCCGUGGAGGAUGACCAGAGCCGCAUGUCCGACAGACGGCAGCGCGCUAUCGCGUUUUUGGAUCAAUUGCCCUCGACGCAAGUGCACCCGAUGCCUCCACGCGCCACGUCCCCACCGAUCGUUGGCAUCGACGAAACUCCUUCGUUUUUGCUGCCGAUAAAGCUCGACUUCUCGCGGUUCCCGCACCUCGUCGUGCGUCCUCGAGCGGUACAUCCACGUGACGAAGCAAUAGCGUCUCAAUUGAAACGAAAUGGCGAUCUUGUGCAGCGCCUGGAAGCAGAGCGAAGACAUUUCAAGGCCAAGUCGGACGAAGCGAGUCGCGCCAUGGCCAAGAUGGAAGCGUCGAUGGCGUCGUUAGAAGAAAUGAUGCGCAUCGCCGACGAGAAGUCGAAAGACGAUGCAGUUGUGAUCCAGUUGCUCCAAGAAAAGGCCAAGUCGUGUGUGGUCGAGCUCCCGACUCGCGACGUUGGCCCGGUCGUGGUUGUGGCCAAGGAAGCGCCCGACAGCUCGACACGGAAGACGAGCCUCCUUCGUGGAUGGAAGUAGUCCAAGACCGCCUUGGUCCACACGCCGUCCCGUUUGUGGUGUCGAUCUUGAGAGGUUGUCGUACCUGUCUACGCCCGUCGCAUUCAGCUGAACCCAGCGUAGUGGUCAACGUCCAAAAGCACACCAUAGCUUGGGAAUAGGAAGCCAUUUAGCCCAUGUACUCAUGCUUUCUCCUCGGGAUCUGGCAGGGCACGCUGAG